UGAGCAUGAUGGCGGCGUCAUCAUUCCUCUUGAUCACGAGCUGACGGUAUAUCACCUGCAUCGUGACAUCGUGGCAUCCUUUGGUAGGUGGAACGAUUGACGUAUAAAGGCCAUUCCUCGCAGAGACGCACGAACCAUCUACCCAGGCCGAUGAGCACGAGCUAUAUUCACUCGAUUCGACAUCAAGAUGGGAACAACGUUCAGCCGACCGAAUAACUCUCAGCCGCAGGCAAAUGAAACUGAACCUGCCUUUCCCGAAGAGGAUGACGGGGUCGUCCAUCAUACCGACCGUACUGCGGGUCAAUUGGGGAGGUCUGGAGAAGAACCACAGACAGCAAUCGAGACGAACGGAUCUCGUCUUCCAGGCUUCACGGAUGAGGCUGUGACUGCAGGACAGGAUCAAUAUGUCGAAGCUGGGCCUUCAUCUCCCGCUUUCGACGGAGCAGAUAUCACAUCGCCACAUAGUACGACCGGCAAACGCAAGAAGAAAUCCAAGGCGAAGAGCAAGGCCAAGAGGGUACAUUCCGCUACUCAGGAACGUUUCUCUGAUCAGGACGAGCCUUCAGCAAGCAAGGUUGCUAGAACCAUUGAAGCCGAUGUCAAAUCAGAGGCAGCGGCUAUCAGAUCCCUUGGUUCCAUCCGCCGCCUCAGGACCACUACGGAAGGGUCCGUGUCGAGUCUCCCAGCCGUUUCAAGCACCGCGCAAGCUGUACAACCUAGCUCUGCUCGAGAGGAUGGUGAAUUAUCAGAUGAAGAGCAGACCCCUGUCAUACCCGCACCCACACUCGCGUCGGUACCAGUAUCGACCCUACCGCUGCCAGUUGUCUCUACGAACAUCCCUGCCGCCCCCAGAGCUACGACAAACAGACCGCAUAGGGGUGGUCAUGGUUGGAAGCACAAAGAAUACAAGGACCGCGAUGCUUUAUCGACGGGACAUUCGGUUCCCUGGCCGACCAUGCCUCCUUACCUAGCAUCUUCCAGGUCCUUUGUUCCUGAAACGAGCAGCAGGUCUCGACCUAAGGACACGCAGUCCGGUCUCAAUUACGAGGACGAGUAUACGGCGUCCAUUGCUCCCGUCGCGUCUGGCAGCCAACCUCAACCGGUAACCACACCGCAAUCUGAUCCUCCUUGGCCCGUCUCCUCUCACGCGGGUAAUCGUUCCACGCAAGUCAGUGGAUACGGGAGGCGGUCUCAUUUUACAUCUCCUACCAGCAACACUGCGGUACCUCAGAACUUUCCCGUUCCUCCUGCCUUUUUCCGGCAAUACAAUGCAGAGACCUCUCGUCGGUUUGGUCCGGUUCCUCCAGACUCCACUCAAACCGCAGGAGCCGGUCCAUCAACCGUCAAUAUGCCUCGUAACAAGAACCGGACAGCAGAGUGGGACGAUGAUGUAGAUAUGGAAGACCGAGAUGCCGAACGUGCUUUGGAAGAGAACGACGCGAUCAGACUAGAGCAAGCGAGAAGGUGGGCUGAAGAGCAAUCGAUGCGGAUGAACCAAACACUCGACGCAGCGGGCUUACGUGAACUGAUACGGCUGUUGCUACAACUUACCUCUUGGGGAGUGUCUACCACAGACUUUACUGAACGAGGUGUCCGACGGGACUUGCUUCGCGCUGUUCACGAUGUCGCUUCUGUGACCAACCCUCUCCAACGUCCCGUCUCCCCUCCUCCUCCUCCUCCGCCUGUCGAUUCGCUUCCGACGCCCCCGCCUCCGCCCCCUUCACCUCCAGCACAGGCUUCGCGCAGACAAUCGAUUGCAUCAUCAGUCGAGAUGGACAUCGCAACUCCAUCGCCCGAGGUCCAACCCAUCACAGUCAACCCAUCACCUAGCGUAGAACCUAUAGCUUUGCCAUCAGUGCCGGACUCGUUGGAAGCAGGACCGCCUACCGCUCUUGCACCCGAAAUGGCAGCGACUUCCGCCAAACGCCUCGAUAACCAAAACGGGCUGGACACGGUUCAGGCAGCCCUCGAGCUUGUACAAGUACCCACGCCGAGCUCUGAAACGGUAUCAGAACCGAGACCGGCCAGCGAUGUUACUUUGAUGCGGGCCAAGUUGUUGGCACAUAAGCUGCGCAAGCAGAAGGAGAUCAAGGAUCGGUUGCGAAAGCUGCAAGCUGCCUCCACGCCGACCGAGAUCUCACCCGAACCUCUGCCUAACACGAAUCUUCCUGUGCCCCAGCCUCCAUCUUCGGAAACUUCAGCCUCCGAAGCAGGUUCCAGCUUCCCCUCGGGUGAACGCCAAGCCAAUUCCGUCGACGUCUCUCCCGUUCAACCUCUGAAUGUCAUGCUCCCGAAGACACCUGAUCUCGAUAACCAAACUCCCAUCGUCACCGAUUCCUCCCAAUUCUUUCCGGUUCGGGCCAAGGCCUUUGGCCGUGGUCGCAAAGCUCUGGCGCCAGCUCACCCUAAGUCAUUCAUCAUCGAUCUCGAUAGCGACUCGGAUGACGACGACGCUGCAGCCGAGCAGGAUCGUGCGGUUGCAGUUCAUCAGGAAGCCGAAAGGCUUCAUGCGGAACAUCUGAAGAGGGAGAUCGAGAAGAAGGAAGCGGAUCGGGCGGCUCUGGAGGCCAAGAUCGCCCUGAUGGAGGCCCGGCGACAAGCCAAGAAGGCACAGGCUGCCCUCCCUCCCCUCCGCCAAAACAAGUCUGUAUACCAUCAGACAGUCACCAUUACCGCCACUCUCCCUGAGCCUGCCGCACUGCCUCGAGGAGAGGCUAUUGUUCAGGACCUGACUCCCAGUAACAUCACACCUUCAGAGCGACAUGAGCUGGAUAAACCAGCACUGGUAGAAAAGAUGACACCGGCUGCGAGCAAUGUCUUGGAUUCGCAUGCCGCCAUGACGCCACUGGAAGAGACUGCUGCUGCCAUAGCAGGUGGCUCACAUGACCCCGCCUCGCAUACGACGUCGGACAUGAACAUUGAUCAUGAGCACCGCUCGGACGAAAUCAAAGACAUGGAUAAGGUUGUCAUCUCCUCGAGCCCCCUGGUCGCUUCGAUCCCCCUCUUUCCAGAUGAGACCGACCUCGGAGCACCGGCAGCGUUGAAACCAGAAGUGAGUGCGGGUAAGAAUCGUUUCCAGACGCAACCGACAUUGAGUAGUUGAUCUCUCAGUCGGAGCAGAAUAUCUCUCAUGGUCAAGCCAUAGAACGCAAUGACCGGUCGAUGCUCAAGUUGGC